CGAGCCUCGUUGCACUUGCGGGAGCAGCCGAUCACGCAUUCACUUGCUGACGAUGGCUGGUUACUCGUGACAGAACCCAAGCCACUCGAAGACGACAACGACGACGAGCGAUGCUUGGACGACCAGUGCUCCUGUCAUUGCUGCCUCUGCUCGGCCGCUGCGCCGCCAACAAGUCUGUCGUGCCCGAAAAUGACGCGACCAACGUCAUCUUGAUCUGCUCGCUGAGCAUCGGCACGAUCGUGCUCGCGGUCGUCGGCCUCGCCAUCGUGCUCCUCAUCUGGAAGCCCCGCGCCGCGUCGACGUCGUCGCUCUCUUGCGCCGACAUUGACGCGUUCGCGGGUGUCAGCGACGGCCCGACCGUCGUCGACCAAGUGCAACUGCUCGAGGACAUGGCGUUCGGCCUCGUUGACGCCAACGGCCACGACGAACCGGCGUUCUACUUGCUGGAAGACAUGAUCGGGAGUUCGCGCGGUGCGUACAAGCUCCGGCCGAGCGCCAUCUCGGACGACGUCGCGGUCCUCGCGUCCCAGCGCGACCUGCCGACCGUGUCGUAGCCAGCUGCCUUUGCCAUAUAUUUAACACUUCAACGCCCGUCGCUAAACAACAACGUCCCAUUAGUCUAACC